UGAGCUUGCAGCCCAAGUAACUCUUUCGUUUCAGUGCUCCAUAUUUCUCAACCAACAACCCUCUUCCAAAAUGUGUGACGACGACGUUGCCGCUCUUGUCGUAGACAAUGGCUCCGGUAUGUGCAAAGCCGGUUUCGCCGGUGAUGACGCACCCCGUGCCGUCUUCCCCUCCAUCGUCGGCCGUCCCCGCCAUCAGGGUGUGAUGGUCGGUAUGGGCCAGAAGGACAGCUACGUCGGAGACGAGGCUCAGUCCAAGAGAGGUAUCCUGACGCUCAAGUACCCCAUUGAGCACGGUAUCGUCACCAACUGGGACGACAUGGAGAAGAUCUGGCAUCACACUUUCUACAACGAGCUGCGUGUUGCACCAGAGGAGCACCCGGUCCUCCUGACCGAGGCUCCCCUCAACCCCAAGGCUAACCGCGAGAAGAUGACUCAGAUCAUGUUCGAGACGUUCAACACCCCGGCUAUGUACGUCGCCAUCCAGGCUGUGCUCUCCCUGUACGCCUCCGGCCGUACCACCGGUAUCGUCUUGGACUCCGGUGAUGGUGUGUCCCACACCGUCCCAAUCUAUGAGGGAUACGCUCUGCCCCACGCCAUCCUCCGUCUCGACUUGGCUGGCCGUGACUUGACCGACUACCUCAUGAAGAUCCUCACGGAGCGUGGAUACUCUUUCACCACCACUGCUGAGCGUGAAAUCGUCCGCGACAUCAAGGAGAAGCUUGCUUUCGUCGCCCUCGACUUCGAGCAGGAGAUGGCCACCUCUGCCCAGAGCUCCUCCCUGGAGAAGAGCUACGAGCUCCCCGACGGUCAGGUCAUCACCAUCGGCAACGAGCGAUUCCGCUGCCCUGAGGCUCUCUUCCAGCCAUCUUUCCUCGGAAUGGAGCAGGCUGGUAUUCACGAGACCACCUACAACUCCAUCAUGAAGUGCGACGUGGACAUCCGUAAGGACCUGUACGCCAACAUCGUCCUGUCCGGUGGCACCACCAUGUACCCAGGUAUUGCCGACCGUAUGCAGAAGGAGAUCGUUGCCCUGGCACCACCCACCAUGAAGAUCAAGAUCAUUGCCCCACCAGAGCGCAAGUACUCCGUUUGGAUCGGAGGCUCCAUCCUGGCCUCGCUCUCCACCUUCCAGCAGAUGUGGAUCUCCAAGCAGGAGUAUGAUGAGUCUGGCCCCAGCAUUGUCCACCGCAAGUGCUUCUAAAGUGCUGCUGUGUGCAGCUGAUGAAAUUGCACAGCUAAGACAAGACUGGUCCUGAACCAUAAUACAUGCUUGGCUUGAUUGCGCGUCGCCAUCUUGUCCAGGCAUUCUGCUAUACUGAUCUAUCUACAUAAUGCCCACCUCUGAUCUCCAGUACGAUAGGCAUUUCUCGAGUUGAAUUAUCCAAAGAUCAUCUUUUAUAAAUAUUUUCUAUCAAAACCUCUUUUUGGCCAUCUCGUAGUUCUACCUUUUAUUUCUCACUCUCUCCUUCUCGAUCUGUAAUGUACAGAGAUUCAUAAUUAUCAUUAUUUUCUGGUAUUGAAGACUGCUGGUCAGCACGGAUAAAUUGUACAAAAAAAGGAGAAAACAUAUCGACAA